AUUCCUUCGCGAACGUCACAUCAAUAAUCGCAAACGGACACAUUAUUACACAUUAACGCCAACACUGGCACUAGUUAGUGUCCGUAAACAAAAGUGGACUCCGGAGCUGACCUAUAAAACAAUAAAGUGAUGACAUUAUCAGGCAGACAUCAAACUUUAUCAGAACAGAUCUGCGCAUUCUUUCUUCUCGCUAACAGUCAGCAGUAAAGCUCAGACAGCUACCCGGAAAAGAGGACUAUGUGCUCGGUGAUAAACAGGGUGAACGCCGGUCAGCGGUGCCUGGCCUUCACGCUCGGCUUCCGGGGGCGCACCGAAGGCUUGAGCACCAUGACAGCCCAGAAUGGAGCCGUGUCUGCGGGCGUCAGAGCCCACAAAAUGCCGCUAGGAGGAGGCGGUGCACGGUGGCACGGAACACAACCAAACCAAUCACUGCUCUUCAGACAGCUGUUUGAAUCAGACAGCAGCACCUACACUUACCUUCUGGCUGACAACGAGACCAAGGAGGCCAUCCUCAUCGACCCCGUAUUGGAGACCAUCGACAGAGACCUGAAGCUCAUCCAAGAACUGGGGCUCCAUCUACAAGUAGCAGUGAACACUCACUGCCAUGCGGACCACAUCACCAGCACGGGGCUGAUGAAGACCAGGUUAGCCGGGCUCAAGAGCGCCAUCUCCAAAUUCAGUGGCGCCUCAGCAGAUAUCCUCCUGUCUGAGGGAGACAAGAUUGCCUUUGGGAAACAUCAUCUGACUGUGAAAGAAACACCGGGACACACCGACGGCUGUAUGACGCUGGUGACGCAGGACCGAGGCAUGGCUUUCACCGGGGACGCUUUGCUCAUCCGAGGCUGCGGCCGGACAGACUUCCAGCAAGGUUGCGCCGAAAGGCUCUACCGGUCAGUUCAUGAGAAGAUAUUCACCCUGCCGGACCAGUGCCUCAUCUACCCAGCACAUGACUACUUAGGUCAGACGGCGUCGACUGUCGGCGAGGAGCGCACGUUUAACCCUCGCCUGACCAAAAGCCUGGAGGAAUUUGUGAGCAUCAUGGACAAUUUGAAUCUCCCAAAGCCUUCCAAAAUAGAUAUUUCAGUGCCUGCUAAUCUGCGCUGCGGCGUUCAUCAAGUUUAAAUGUCCCGCGCAAGAAAAAGCAAGAGCAGACUAUAAUUAAUGCAGAGUGUCAAACACAAGGCCUGGGGACCAGAUCAGUCCCGCCACAUUGUUUAAUGUGGCCCACAAAAACCUGGAAAAUAUGUGCAUUAAUUAAGCACUUCAUUUUUCUUACUAAACAGAUUAGUUUUUACAAUUUUGACGAAAAAAAUUGCAUGUCUUUUAAACUAAAGAUAUAUCUGAUCACGCAAAAAAAAAAAAAACGUUUUGUAAUACAGGGUGUCCAAAGUGCGGCUCGCAGCUCCAGUUGUUUUGGUCUGCGGAAUAUUUUUUUGAAUAAAAAAACAAUAAGAAUGUCAAAAAAAGAGAACAAUUUGGGAUAUUAUGAGACAAUUUGAUACUAACAACUCAAACUUGUUCCACCAAGGGUCGAAUACUGAAAAGUCAAAGUAUACGGUGGCCAUUUUAAUUUUUGUUUUGUUUUGUAAAAAAAAAAAAAAGAUAAAAACAGACAUUAUAUAUAUUUAAAGACAAAAGUUAGCAUCAUUUUUGUUUUAUAAACGACAGAGUGUAUUAAUAUUAGUAUCACAUGUUUAUCUUUUUGCUCUUUUUAAGAAAAAUGUUGGUUUUUAACCCCCGUAAUAAUUAACAAUACUGCAUUUUGUCAUCUAUAACACAAAACUGACACGUCUUUAAAUAUAUAGGUUAUGUCUGUUUUUAGGGAUUAUUUUUUUAAAUAUGACUUUUUUUCAACACUUUUAUGAGGGGUCCCCAAAUAAUUUCAAUGUGAUUUUUUUUUUUUUUUUUAACUGUCUUUGCGCAAGAAAUAAUUAUCUAAAAUCAAUGCUGUUAUGAAGGCUCCUAUUACUUCACAUCACAUCAAAUAUUCCACUUUGAAAUAUUUUUGGGACAAAACUUUGCAUAAUUUGUAUUUUUGCUAUAAAAAACAGGGUUUUGACAAAGAGGGCAUACAAUAAAAAACAACUUUAUACUAAGCGUUGAAUUAAAAAAAAAAAAGGGAUUUGACACUUUUAACAUUUUUAUGACUGACACCCUAAAAAGGACCAAACAUAAAGGAAGCCCCAAAAGAUUAAAAACAAAUCUAUAUGUUGAAAAUGUUUAGAUUUUUCAGUGGAAACAGUUUGCACAGCACUGAUUUACAGCGUGGCUAAACCGUCCGUGUGUCUUUAGCAACACUUCACCGAUACGACCUGAAAGACGGGUUUCUUCGGAAGGGGAGUGCCGUGCCCUGACACACACCGACCGGCUACAAACCAGCUUUUUGUAAGCUUUCAAAGGCGUAUUUUCCGUUACUGAAAACUGGUCACAUUUCAAGUCUUGCCCCCCUUGGAGACUUAGUGAUUCGAGUGCACUUGGGUCCAAAGGAAUGCGCUUUUAUCCUUGAAAGAAGAUAAGGUUUAAGAGCGGGACACAUUCAUUGUGUGGCGGCUGUGGAGAAGGACAACUUUACUGUAUGGGACAACCCUUCUUGUCUUCUAGUUUUACCCAUUACCUGAAGAUAUACGGCACCCUCCAUUAUGCUUCUGCAGCUGGGCAGUGUCUAUGCCAGCUUCUCUCCUCCCACCCAUCUGCCAGCCACAUGUCACUGGAAACCAUCUGUUUCACUUUCACCUCACUGGACAAGUGGCCCCUAUAGAGGGUUUCAUGCAGCACUGGUUGACAACACCCAGGGCCUGAUACCUAUUGGUAUUUUAAUCUGCUGAGGUCUAUAAUCCCAAUGUGUUGCAUACGGUACUUACCCAUUGGUGGCCUGUGUAGAAGAUGCCAGCACGGAAAGAUCCACUCAAACCAACCUGGUUGGUCCAAAGUGCGGCCUGCACCACAUUCGAAGAACACUAGAAAACAUAAGGAGUAAAUGAGCAAAAAAGGGAAAUGUAACAAAAAAAAGUCGUAAUGUUGAUUCUGAUAACACAAAGCUGCCAUGCUGGCUGUUUUUUUCUUUUCAAACCGCCAAAGCUCAAAAAAUAAUAAUGAAUCCAAAUCAAAGUCGUUAUGAAUUAUUGACCCAUUCAAUGCUGCAAUUACAUAUCACAUUGCAAUAUUUUUGGGGGAAAAUAUUGCAUAUUUUGUGCGUUUGCCAUAAAAUAGGUAUGUUUUUUUGGGCAAAAAGGGCAUAAAACAUACAAAAAACAUUUUUUUUUAAAUUAUUGUAACUUCCACGUUGAAAUAUUUUGUGUGUUUGCCAUAAGAAACUAAGUGUUCUUGGACAAAAAGGGCAUAAAACAUACAAACUUAUUUUUUUUUUAUUAUUAUAAUUUCCAAGUUGAAUUUUUGGUGUGUGUUUGCAUUAAAAACUAAGUUUUCUUGGACAAAAAUGGCAUAAAAUAAACAAAAUAAAUUAAAAAAUAUAUAAUUAUAAUCUGAAGGUUAUGUAAAGAGUUAGGCAUUAAAAUGAAAAUAUAAAAAUAUUUAUUUUUAGGACUUGUACGAUUGGGGCCCUUUUGGAUCCCCAAAAAUUUUAGUGGGAUUUUUUUUAACUCAUUGCUCAAAAACUAAUAAUUAAUCAAAAUCAUAGUUGUUAUGAAUUACUGACCCAUUUAAGGCUGUAAUUAAAAAUCACAUAUUUAAAUGUUUUUCGAGGAAAAUAUUGCAUAUUUAGGGUGUUUGCCUUAAAAAAAUUUUUUAGUUUUUAAUUACUAUAUUUUCCAUGUUGAAAUAUUUAGUUUGUUUGCCAUACGAAACUAAGUUUUCUUGGAUAAAAAUGGCAUAAAGUAUACAAAAAAUAAUUAUUAAAACAAAUUACGAUUUAUUUUUAGGACUUUUAUGAGUGGGCCCCUUCUGGAUAUUUUGUGUUUGCCAUAAAGAACUAAGUUUUCUUGGACAAAAGGGCAUAAAACAUACAAAAAAAAUAUUUUUUUUCAUUAUUACUUGCAUUGAUAGAUAGAUCUGAAUGUGUGACUUAUUUUUAGGAUUUUUAUGAGUGUAUCCUCAAAAAUUUUUGUGGGAUUUUUCUUAUAAACUUUUAAAAUACUUUGACGAUUGAUGGAAAAAGUUUGGACACCCUUGUCCUAAAGUAUCAGAAGUAUCGAUAUUUUGAUUUGAGGCUCGACAUUCAGUUCAGUUCAGUUUCAGUUUAUUUCAAAAUGCACACGACUACAUGUAAUGCAUCACACAUUUCCAGUUGUUUCAUUACAGCCUGUCCGAAAAGGAGUAGAAAGAAGCAGAGCUUAUUUAAUCCUACCCCUUUUCAUACCAUAGCAAUUUCUUCCAAUUUCCUUGUUCUCUGUAACAGAACAGUGAACAAAUAAAUAUACCAUAGUAAGCAAACAAAUAUUAAAUACAUAAAUAAUCUUUGUCUCAAUAAAAAAGGGUUCAAUAUGUUUAUCAUAAUUCUUGGUCUGUGUACUUUGUGAGCACUUGUUUGAACAGUCUCUUAAACUGAAUCAUAUUGGUGCUUUGUUUGAUUUCUUUGGUUAAUCCUUUCUAUCAUUUAAUUCCACAUACAGAUAUGCUAAAAGUUUUAAGUGUUGUACGAGCAUAACAAUGUUUUAAGUUAGAUUUUCCUCUAAGGUUAUAUUUCUCCGAAUAUUAGAGCAACUUUUUUUGCACCAGGGACUGGUUUAAUGUUGGCAGAAUUUUCACGGCAUGGCCUUUCACGUGUGGCAGAUAAAUAUAGCAAAUAAGUGCAUGAAAAAUUAAUACAUGAAAAAACUCACCAUAACGUUGAAUUAGUGGUAGCCCCUGGCCUUUUCCUUUUGCAAAAAAGUUCUACAUAGACUUGUUUUUUACUCAUUUUUGCUUGUAGUAAGCUUUUUUUUUAGCUUUAUUAUCUGAUGGGUUAUUGGUGAUGCAUCACAUUCAAGGACAAGAGCUUGGAUAUAUAAUAAAGCUACACAUGCAUGCCAUUAGUUCCAAUAGAUUUCUGUGGAUUUCUAUUUCCAUUCUAAAAGUUGUGUAUUCACCUUUUGUGCGAUAUUCUUACACGUCGAUACACCGUUAGCUUUUUUGGUCCAAUUUUCCAUGCGUAAAUACAUCUGUUAUUGCUAACUACUCAUGUAAUAGCACUAUGUGAAAUAAUACCAGCACUUUAACUUACGAGGCUAAAGGAAAUGUGUAUUUACUUCCUUCAGCACAAUUAUUAUAUGCAGCAAUUUAGCACUUCUCUAUCUGCCUUAUGCACUUUAACUACUAUGGUCACUUUGUUCCUGACCUUAGGUCAACCUGCAGACGGGACCUAGCUUUUGGCUCCGAUUUGACAUCUUUACAUUUUAUAUGCUUAUUAAUGUGCAUUGUCCCAUGUAACAAAUAUGUAACAAAUAGAGCAAAUGGCAACUUCCUAUCAGGGGUUUCAUAAUACAUCUAUGGCAGUGGCGGGCUGUGCGUUUCCCAUCUAGUGAUCUCCGAUUUCAAUGAUUACCUCUGAAAAUACCAUCAUUGAUGUCACAACAUGACCAUUGCUAGAAAAAUACUAAACAAGAACACAUUUACACCCAAUUGGCCAUUGACCCACAUCAACAGUGUACAAAACGGGUUAUUUUCUGGUGCAUUUAGAAAUAAAUGAAAACGCAUCAGCAAUUAAAACAUACCGUAAAAUUCUCUGCUUGGCUUAAGUAACUUUCAGUCAAUAAAAUUUGAUUCAAAGUAUACACUUAAAGAUAUUUUACCUGCCCUGACCACAUGAUGUCGACAACUGACUCAUGUAACAAUGUUAAUUAAAUGACAAACAAUAACAGUUUACAACUUUUACAAACCCUGUUUCCAUAUGAGUUGGGAAAUUGUGUUAGAUGUAAAUAUAAACAGAAUACAAUGAUUUACAAAUCCUUUUCAACACAUAUUCAGUUGAAUAUGCUACAAAGACAACAUAUUUGAUGUUCUAACGCAUAAACUUUAUUUUUUUUUUGCAAAUAAUAAUUAACUUAGAAUUUCAUGGCUGCAACAUGUGCCAAAGUAGUUGGGAAAGGGCAUGUUCACCACUGUGUUACAUCACAUUUUCUUUUAACAAAACUCAAUAAACGUUUGGGAACUGAGGAAACUC